AUGGCGCUAGAGAUAAGGCCCAGAGAGUUAAGUAAAUUGUUUGUAUAUUUACUGUUUCUCUUCUCUCUAGUGUAUCCUGUGCCAGACAUGUGUAGCAUCAGCAUCCUAACAAUACCAGUUAAGCUACUUCUUUACUUCCUCCUGCUACACCCUGUGAAUGCUGUUUCAUAUGGAAACCAGACAAAGGCCCGGAUGCACCUUCCCUCAUCCUUGGGAUCUUUGUCACCUUCUUCAGACCUCUUGUCCUGCCACAACUUGCUCCCAAAAUUCUUGCCUGGCUUCACCACCCUGGCCCCUCUGCCCAAAUUCCUCAUAGGCCUGUCAUUUAUGAUGGCACUGGAGGAAGCUGGCUGUAAGGAGGAUGCUCAAGCUCUACAGAUUCAGCUCCACCGCCAGGGUGGUAUAAAAGCUACACAGAUCCUCACGAGACAUCUCCAAGAGCUCCAGAAAGGCAGAAGCACUGGGAGAAGAGUGUCUGCAGAAACUCAGGCCUCUGCCCUGCUGCUGUUGGCUGAGCAGCAAGUAGGUCGUGACAGGGUUCGACGCUCUGUUUCCAUGAAGAACUGUGAGUAUGAGCAGGAGCAGAGAGUAUACAGUAAAAUCCAGAUGUUUCCAGUGGUGGCUACCUUCUACAACCUGGGAACAGCUUUAUAUUAUGCCACUCAGGACUGCUCAGACAAGGCCAAGGAGCGAGGAAAAGAGGGAGCAAUUGAUCUGGGUUAUGACCUUCUGAUGACAGCGACUGGAAUGUCAGCAAGUGGCACAGGACUAUUAAUCAGCACUGCUCUUAAGCCUGCAGUGAAGGCAGGGGUCCAUCGGCUGAUCGGCAGUAUGACAGGAGGCAAGACAUCCUGGCUAGAGAGAUAGCAUGGAGAGAGGGUGUUUGCCUUACAUGCAGGAU